CUGAUAUUAGAAGUUUGUUCUUUGUCGUUUUAAACUAAUAUUCCUACGUAUUGUACCUUUAAGGCCGUAAAAGUGUCAGCUUUAACCAGAGGAGAGUAGAAUUAAUACAUUCACAGUUCAAAAUAUGUAAGUCAUUUCUUUAUAUACAGUCAAAACUCAUUUACACCAAGCCAGUGACUGGACAAAAAUAUGUCCUAAAUCAAGGAAAAAUUCAAUUUUUUUCAAGUUUUUUACUUUUACCCAUCUCUGUUCAAAAGAUACCCUGUAUCAUGCAAGCAUUUGACAUUGUUGUGCUUCGUGUUGAUGAGAAUCAGUCUUCCUGACACUGGGUUUCCAAAAAGAUCUCAGAGGGAUUUGAGUUUUGUUGUACUGAGCAGCGGCCUUCGCCUGUCCCCCUAAAAAAAAGUGUUCAGCUCCUCCCCUAAUGGGAAAAAAAAAGCUGUACUCUCAUAUUUCCCCACUUCCUCUGUCCACCCACAACAUUCCCUUCCCGCUAUCAUCCAGACUGCUUCUCUGCCUGAGACACUAAACAAGUGUAGUGGCAAUGGAGGGCACAACAGAGUCAACAACAAGAGAGAGAACAACAGGAAAUGCUGGCAAAAGCGAGGCGAACCAGACGACACUGAUGUCCGGCAAGCCUCUCCAUCGCUUCGUCCAGAGAGAGCCCAGAUGUCUUGGGAUCGCCUUAGUGGUCUUCGGCUGUGCGGAGGUCCUGAUGGGGUUUCAUCUAGCCGGUGAAAAUCAGCCAAGUUCCUCUUUAAUCUACAUCCCCUUCUGGCAGGGAAUUCUGUUUCUCGCCUGUGGAAACCUGUCGAUCUACACGGAGAUACAUCCAUCCAAGAAGAUGGUGACCGUGUGUUUGGCCAUGUAUGUGGUUUCCCUCUUAGGAAUUAUAGUCUCUGCUGGCUUCAGGAUAUACUGCCUCACCUAUUACAGCUACCUAAACUACAGGGCCAGAUACAGUCGGGACCCAAUAUGGGCGACAUACAGAAUGAGCCUGCUCACCGGUAUUGAAAGCCUGUUGUUUGUUUCGUCCCUGUGUGUGUCGGGGCUUCUCAUCUUCUUGUGCGUCAUCGCACGUUUAGCUCUCAAGUCAACACGCACUCAGCUCAUUGUCCAGCACCUCCCCCUUCCUCAGAACGUCGGCACGUCAAACUGAGAUCGAACUUUUGAAGUAUUAUUCUGCAUUAACUAACACUGGUUUUCCGCUGCGCACCUUUCCUGUGAAAGUCAUAUUUCUGUGUACAGUAUACCACAUGUGUAUGAUGAAGGCAGUCGCCCUUUGGCCUAACAUCAGAAUUUAAAGUGCACUUAUAAGGGAAUAUCAUAACCUCUAAUCUCUUUAGCAAGGCUUGUGUGUUCUUACUGUACUGUACUAAACGUUUGGCUAUGUUAGCAAAGCAAACACGUCCCACUAGUGAUUAACUGCGUAGACCAAUAUUCACACGGCAGCCAUGUUCUUCUGACAUGGUGGGAAGCUCAAAUGUUGCGCUGUAGUGUUCUAGGAUCCGAUAAACGUAGGCAAUCUGACCUAUUUUUGCUGUUUCCUGAUCAAUGAGCGACUGUGAAGACAAAGGGUUGUUUAAACCGGAGGGACGUCAGAUGAUAUUUCAAGGUAAAACAACAGGUUCGAUAAGCGAUUAGCUUCCAUUAGGCAACAGCCAGCGUUAGUGUUCAACCGCAUUCUAGCCAACGCUACUGUUUUGAUGCAAUACGAUUAGGAAAACGUAAAAAUUUAUUCAGAUAUCAUUGAUUUUAAUAAUAGUGAAACACACGCAAUGUAACCAAACACUAACUUUAGCUAGGACAAUGUAGAACACUUACAUCAGCUAACAAGUUAAGAAAUAUGUUGUUUUUUUUUACUUGAAAUAUGGCCGAAUGGGCCUCCAGGUUUUCAUUAUCCACAGUCUUUUCAGUGGCUGAUCAAUUGUGAAAUUGUAAAAUUACAAACAUUUGUUGGAUUAUCUUCAUUUUUAUGACAUGCAACCAAGAGUACAGCCAAUCAUCAACCAAUCAUCCCAGAACGUGUGUGACAGUGGAGGAAAAUGUCCAUCGUCUGAGUGAAGUCUGUUGCAACGUUAUCGCAUAUUGUACAAACAACAGACUUUUUAAUGAGCCACUUAGCUGACGCUCCAUGUUUAUGUUCAAAUAAAUCUGUGUACAUUUUCCUCCUGUUUACUAAAAAAAUAUUUGAAUAAUGUGCCAUUUUUUAUACUUUUUUAUUGCUGUUACUUACUGUUAGCUUUAAACCCUUAUGUCAUCACUGUGUCCAGUCAUUAUUUACGUUAUCACCAUUAUCAUCACAGUAUCUGCAGUGUAUAGCCAUAGCUUAGACUCCACUUGCAGCUUUAAUAAUCACUGUGAACCUCUGUAUACACUUAGCUGAAGGCAUUUUACAGUUUGACUUUGGAUGUGGGCGUUUUGUUUACUGGACAGAACAUCCAUCCAUGAUUGCAGCUUUUGAUGUUUGUUUUUUUUUGUUUUUUUUUAAUGAAAUGACAGGACUUAUUUCUUACAGAUGAACUGAACUGAUAGAGUGGCAUCCAUCCAGCUUGCUUUUUUAAAAAAAAAAAGCUUUUGACUUGUGUGUUCACAUAAGUUCAUCUACAUGACUGUGAAAUGAAGAGCCUGUUUAGAAACCUGUUGCCUGUGUAUGUGUGAAAAAAAAUUGGUGUCCUUGCAAAAGAGGUUCCUGGGCGGGGACCACUUUAUCAAGCUUGCUUAGCUUUUUGCUCUAUCUGGUGCAAUAAAUGUAAUGUAUGUGGUCUUUGUGUAAAAAAAAAUGCAAUAAAACAUCAACAAAAAUA